UGUGUAGCGUAAGCCGAGUGUGGUUGUUACCUUGGUGGAGAGAGGAUCUCUGUGGCUCUCGCGGUGUUCCCCAAACCUCUGUGAGAUUUAGCCGGGUUUGUGGGGUAUUGGAUGAGUGCGGUGGUGGUGCUGGGUAUCAGUGGUGGAGGAGUUUGUGGAGGAGACCCCCGGCGGGGCACUGUAUAACGACGACGGCUGCCACUAUACGAGCUCAUCAUCAUUAUGGAUGUACUGCCCAGCGGCGGCAUCUUCAAGGAGCUUCAGCUUGUGCAUGACACGGGCUACUUCUCCUCGGCAUGCAGUCUCGAGGAGCGUUGGCAACAGGUAAGUCGCACUGAACCUCACCAACCUCUAGCGACCUGCAUCCGAACUGCGUUUUUGCAGCGGUAUGUGUCGAUCGAUGUGUGUGUGUACUACGUUCUGCCCCAGGGGAAAAAAUACUGCAAUUUAAGAUGCGGUAAAUGAGCAAUGAGGUGUUCUUUUCUCAAAC